CGGAGGAAGUAUAAAUAGUUAGAUAGUUGCAAUCGGAAAUCAUUCCUUCGGAAGUGUUCAGUUUCUAUCAAUCGUUGACCAGGAUGAAGUAUCUACUACUGCUGUGCGCCGUUGUUGGAGUUUCCUUAGCUCUCCCAAGCAAAUUGAGCCGACCACGGCCAUGGUGGAACGCUAAACCCAACCCGGGCAACCGGAUUGUGGGAGGUUUCCAGAUCGAGAUUGAAGAUGCUCCGUACCAGGUUUCUCUGCGGAAAUUCGGACACUUCUGUGGAGGAUCCAUCAUCGGAAGCCAGUGGGUUUUGACAGCGGGACACUGCGUCUCAAGCGCUUCCAAGCCCAGCGAAACGCUCCGUAUCGGAAGUACCGAUAACAGCGAGGGUGGUCAAAUCCUGAAGAUCAAACGCGCCAUUCAGCAUCCCAAGUAUAACUACAACAAUAUCGACUACGAUUUCACCCUUUUGGAGCUGGCUGAGGAGAUCAAAUUCACCGAAAGUUACAAGGCAAUCGAACUUCCGGAACAGGAUGAACCCGUCACCGAUGGAUCCAUGUGCUUGGUUUCCGGAUGGGGUAACACCCAGAAUUGGUCCGACAAUCCUCGAUACCUUAGGGCAGCGGAUGUUCCGUCGGUGAACCAGGAAGAAUGCAGCAAGGCCUAUGAAGAUUUCGGAGGAGUUACCGAUCGGAUGAUCUGUGCCGGGUACGAAAAGGGAGGUAAGGACGCUUGCCAGGGAGAUUCCGGUGGCCCACUGGUUUCCGGAGGAAAAUUGGUCGGAGUUGUGUCCUGGGGAUACGGUUGUGCUGAGGAAGGCUAUCCCGGAGUUUACUCUCGAGUUGCAUCGGUGCGCGAUUGGAUCAAGGAAGUCAGUGGAAUCUAAGUGUGUGAGAUCUGAAUAACAGGCAUUUCGAAGUGUAGCAAUAUGGAAAAAGUUUUUGAAGUUGUGGUCCCGUUAAAUGUGUGUUUAGCGUUAGUUACAACUUGGAAGGGUUACUAACACUUUUAGUUUGAAGUGUUUGAAUAUUGUUAGAUUAAGAAGUUUUGCCAAUAAACCUAAAUGCAUUUUCAAAAAUUCA